AUGGAUAUUAGGAGAUUAGUGAUCGUUGCCUUUACUGCUGUGUCAAUGUUGAUGAGACUCGUCGAGUUGUUCCUGUUUUUCUUGGUUGAGUGUUACGAUUCCUACAUGUACAGUCCUCUUCAGGCAGCUCUCUGGCCUGUGGUGACCAAAGUUCCUCGGACUGUAGUAAUAAACGGUAAACCACGUACAGUGUUCACAGCAAACAUUGUCUCCUGGAGCAGAACUCUGCUUGUUGUACCUAUAGCGGUUGCUCUCAAGCACAGAUGUUACUGGACAGGCUUCUGGUGUGUGGUACUCCAUGAUUUCCUGGAUCAUUUAGAUGGCAUUGUAGCUAAAGCGCAGAGACAGAUGUUUGGAGACAUCGACGAUCCUGUUCUUGGUGGAUUCAUGGAUGCAUUCUGUGACAAGAUUGUGAACGUUCUAACUUUAUGGAGUGUUUUAUUGGUGACCGACUUCACAAACAUGUCAUGGCUGCAGACGGUGGUUUUUGUGUUUCCCUGUGUUGUUGUCAUUGGUUACGAGUUUACACUAGGGGUUGUCAGGGUACAAGACUUUUUCAUGGCAUACUACUUACGAAAAUUUAAGAAGACGGAUCUGAUCUCAACAAAAACAGGUACAGCCGCAGUAAUGGAGGGGAAGUUGAAAGAAAAACUGGAGUCCGUUGGUCUGGCUGCCCUCUGCCUGGCCCAGGCACACCCUGUCGCGAUUGCCAGUUUGUCUGGCUCCCUUGGCAUCUGCUGUUUGUUGCUCUCUAUCCGACUGGCUCACUCAAGUCUUGUCAGCAAGCUCAACGCUCGCGCUCCGCAGAUUCGGAGUCAAGCUCACGCUUCUGAUGACGAAGAUGAAAUGAAGGAUGAAAACAUUCGAUGCAAAACCUCCAAUGACUUUGCCAGUCGGGGAACACAAACUAACUUCAGCUCUCACUUAUCGGACAAUUCAGAGAGCUUGCAGAAUGUUCAUGACCACGAGAAAAGAGAGAGUCAUGAAAUGUUCUCUUUGCUACCCCGUUGUAAAUCACUGAAUGAUACAAGCCUGCAACUGAUUGCCGAACGUGUGUACACAGUUGGUUGCUUCGACCUGUUUCAUUACGGGCAUGUACAGCUGCUGAAGCAGAUGCGGACAUUUGGCAAGAAGGUUAUUGUCGGUGUGCACGACAGCCGAAGCAUUUAUCAGCUGAAACAGAAAGUCCCAGUGGACAGCACGGUCACCAGAAUGCGCAAUGUCAAACAGUAUGCAGAUGAGGUGUUCUGUGUCGCAGGCACGGAUCCGUCACCAUUCCUUGACAGCAUUUUUGACAAGAGCAAUCACAAAUCAAGUGCUAUAUACAUCCGCGGUGAUGACAUGCCCCAGUUCCCAGCAAGAUCACUGUGUGAGUCCCUGAUGACAGUCAAGUUCCUUCCCUACACAACAGGGAUAUCCAGCACGAAGUUAAGGAAAGAUCUAUUUAAUUCCAGCUACUACAGCGCUACACUCCAUGAUGGACUUGACAAUAUGAUGCUUUAUUAG